AUGCUAGCAGCCUUUGGAAUCACCGAGCUUCUUGUUUGGGGAACUUCGAACCCAACGGCAUUUUGUUCCGCCAUCUUCUUGAUUUGGUAUCUAGGAUGGCGGCUAUGGAGGUUCACUAUUAUCCCCAGGAUUUGGAGAAAUGAGCCACUCCUGCUCCCCUAUUGGUUGCCUUUUAUAGGUCAUACCUACGCGUUUGUGCGAAAUCCAGAAGUUUUGAUCAAUAACGGCUACAACCAUUUUGGGACCAGCAAGCCAUUUGCAUUGACUGUCUCUGGCCGAAGAACCAUUGUGCUGAGGGACAUUCAAGAUGUAGCCGUUGUGUGGCGAAAUACACAGGCGCUGUCUUUCGACCCCUUUGUUAAAGCCGUUCUAGGAGCUUUUGGUAUCAGCAAGAAUUCUCUUUUCAGGAUAUUUGCCGACCCAAGAGAUCUGAUCGAUGAGUCUGUAUACGAAUCAUCGCUGCUCAUCAAGAAAAACCCCCAGAACAAAGGCUACAUGAACCUAGAGCGCGACUGGUUUAAAGAACAAUUAUUAGCUCCCGACGCUCUGCAGAGAAUCGAGAGCAAAUACUGUCGCUAUCUUUCUGAGUCUCUAGAGUGGGAUAAACUUUCUCCUACAUAUAUCUUCCCGUCUGACUCUUCCUCUAUGAACUGCAAAGCUAUCUCACUCAAAUUCUUCUGUAGGUAUACUAUUUCAUCAUGUAGCACCAAAACCUUCUUCGGGACUCAAUUGGAAGAAACGGCCCCUUCUUUUCUGAAAGAUUAUCAAGAGUUCGAAGAAGAGAGUUGGAAGAUCUUUUAUCGAUUUCCAGCAUGGCUAGCUAGUCGAUCGCACGAUGCCAAAAACAAGGCGAUGAGUCAACUGGCUGAGUUUCUCUCUGCGCCAGAGGAAAAGCACGCCGAUCUUGAGUGGCUCUUCAAAACUAUGACUAGAGAGUUACAAUACCUUCAAGUACCGCACCGUGAUAUCGCAGGUAUUGUCAUGAUAAUCAUAUGGGCGAUCAACAACAACGCGCACAAAAUCGCCUUUUGGAUAAUCGCACAUUUAUUGCACAGUCCAGAGUACUUAGCUACGGUACGCCACGAGACUGAUGCAGCUUUUUCCUCCACAAAAGGGAAACCUGACAUGAAGGUACUACUAAAUGACUGUCCCCAUCUUGACGCUAUCUGGUAUGAAGUUCUCAGGGUUUACAACGCUUCAUCCGCUAUUCGUGAAGCCGUAGCGCCUUGUGAAGUCGCAGGACAGAGUGUAAGAGUUGGAGAUCAACUGGUGGCACCUUUCCGGCAGUACCAUAUGAAUCAGUCUAUUUUCGGCGAGGAAGUAUCAACAUUCCGACCCCAGCGAUUUUUGGACAAUAAGUCACUACCGCGAACGAAAGGUUAUGCGCCCUUCGGCGGAGGCCAUACAUACUGCCCUGGUAGACUGUUUGCUCAACGGGAGAUCUACUUGGUCGUGGCUGUGGUUUUGCGAAGGUUCACACUGGCGCUAGCUCCUCGCAAAGGUGGCCCAAGAAUGCCAGAGGUAGACUUCAACACGCCGUCUGCCGCAGCCAUGGGUCCAGAUGAAGACGUCGUAGUGCUGGUCCAGGUGCGUAAAGAGUAG